AUGAUUGUAACGACAAUGAUACCAGCUUACAUGGGUGAAGUUAAAAGUGAUGGUAGCAAUCAUCUUUAUUUCUCGUAUCCGACACCAGUUGCUACCAACAUGGUACCGGCUAAUUUUGCGGCUUAUAGUAUGUCAAUACCACCGCCAUAUGAAGCCGCAACUGUCGGCAAUAUUGCGAAACAGCAAGAAGAAAACUAUCCAUCUAUUGUUUCCGCUCCCUCAACAUCAUCUGCCUCAACUUCAAUACCACAACAGCAGCAGCACCAAGAAGAACAACAACAGCGUUUACAACAACGUCGAUCUGUCGUUCCAGUGGACGAAGAAGCUCGUAAAAAAUAUCGUGAACGACGAGAUAAAAAUAAUUUAGCAGCAAAAAAGUCAAGAAGUAAUCGACGAGAAAGAGAGAAAAUGAUGCAACGUAAAGUUGAUGAAUUGGAGAAGGAAAACGAAGCGUUACGCGCACAAUUGGCAAUUUAUACGCAACAGUUAGAUUACGCUCGGAAAGAAUAUGAAAGACAAUUAUCAUUAUCUUAUACUGCUCAACAACAAGGAAUGCUACUACGCGACAACCCCACCAAUUUGCCACCAACAACACAACCAGCACCCAUACUAUAUCCCUCAUUUUCCCAACAAACUGUUACCUGA